UGGAUAAUCACGUCUAAAAGCAGUCAUAGCCAAAUAGAUCAUGACAGAGCCACACGGGAAGAAACUAGGACGAUAUGCCGAACCUACAUCACAUUUAGUCAAACUGACACUACCUAAGGUGGCGGAGUUGGGCGGUGGAGAUAUACGUGAGAUGAAAACUCUUGUCGCCAGCAAUAAAGGGUUCCAGACAGUUGUUGAUCUAUCACCUAUGGUAGAGAUCCGCAAGCUUACACUCAGCAAGAACGAGCUAGAAUCACUCGAGUGCGUGAAAUACUGCAAGAGUUUGACGUAUUUGAAUGUGGCACACAAUAAGAUCGACUCACUCAAGGAUCUUAAGGACUUGAAAAUGCUUUCCGUAUGUAACGCUGGUAAUAACAAUCUAAAUAGCGCCGAGGGAGCUACGGCUAUUGAACAUCUCAAAGCUUUGGUGCUCAACAAUAACAAGUUCACACACACGCCGAAUUUCCUGAGAUUAAAGAAACUGAAUACACUGGUGCUGUCACACAAUAUGAUCGAGGACAUUAAGGCGGUCCGCUACCUAACCGCCCUGACGAAGUUUGCGGCGUCACAUAAUAAAAUCCGCAAGAUACCCGAUGUCACGGGUCUGUAUGAUUUGACGGAGAUCAAAUUAAAUGACAAUCUCAUCCUUACGGUGCCCGAGACGAUACAAUUUGCCCCAAAUCUGAAAACAAUCGAUUUGGGUAACAACCGAAUAAAGAAAUACACCGAUCUCAAGCACUUGGCCAAUUUGCCGGUGUUGAAACAGUUGACACUCAAGGGUAACCCCAUCGCCGCCAGUGCUGACUACCGUGAGAAGAUCGCCGAAUUGCUUCCCACAGUGGAGGUGUUGGACGGUGAACGUUUCCGCGGGCGAAAGUUUAUAAAGAAACUGAGCAAGGAGAAGAAGGCAGGAGCCACAAGCACUGGCGGUAACACGUCUAUUGUACGGGAAGCUAAUGAAACGGCACAGUCAGAAGACGAAGAGGUAAACACCAACGGAGAAGUCACAAAUACCCUGAACAAUAACAUUGUGAGUAUAGACGUGCGCGAGGACGAGGUCAAAGCUCGACGAAAGUUUGAAGGGAAGAAGAUGAAGUUAGGUGGAGAAAGCGAGAGUGAGGGAGAAAAGGAUACAAAUGGUGAAACUGUGGACGAUGAAAUGGACCAGGAUGUACCGGAAAUCAAUGCCCGCAGAAAGUUUGUGGGUAACAAGGUUAGGUUGGCCUGCAGUGAUGAUGAGGAUGAUUCUGCAACAGGCGUAGUAGUCAGUGAUGUGCAGAAAAAUACUGAGGUCGCAAGUAAGCUUGAUGUGCAACGGAAGGACACUGUCACUGUGACGACAAAAAAAGCUACAACGCACAAGAGCAUAGAUUUGGAGAUGUCACAGCCCUUUUCGGCAGCAGCAGCAAGGGUCCUGGCGCACCGACGAGCGCUCGAAGCUGAGAUGGAAGGUAUACUUCCUACAGAAGGCGAGAAUAUAACAUCUGCUGCAAAGACACAGAAGCGAAAAAAGAGCCAACAGGCGGGAAGUGAAGUGGUCAAGCGAAACAAGAAAAAUAAAGAACAGGCCGGAGAGCGUUCGGAUAGCAAGAGAAAGGUGGAGGACGACUUUUUCGUGUCGAUGUCUGGAGCUGCAUUGGGAAUGAAUAAGUCUGCACCAAAGCUAGAGAAGGCAGACGCUGAAAAGUCAAAACGAAAGCAAGAAAAAAUUAUGAGAAAGCAGGAGAGAAGGGACAUGAAAUUAGCUGCUAUGAAGGCGAGAGAAGUGGUUACCGUAAAGGCGAACAAAUCAACUGAAGAAAAUAAGAGCGUGGCCAAUGAUGCACGAAUUGAGAAGGGUACAAAGUCGGAGAAGACGAGAAGUAAUGUAGACGCAGGCCCAGAUACUAGAACAACCGCAAUUACUGGCGUGUUGAAGGUGGAGCGCAAGGCGUAUAAUCCCUCGGUUGAUGUAGAUACGCUCAUGAGUGAAUUGGGAAAAUCGGAAGUAGUUGCAUUUGGCGAGAGUGGUACUGGUUGGGAUUAAGUUCCACAGAAUACGAGUACAACCCCUUUUAUGCACAGAGAUUGCCGACAACAUAAAUAAAAAUAAGAUUAGUGAAACC